UAAUUAAUUAAUCUCAGUUAGUAAAGUUUGGACCUUGAGAAUUAAUUAAGAUUUGAAGUACUAGUAGUAGUGAACAAAUGGAGGGAGAGAGGAAGAAUAAUGUAGAGGUGCAUUACAGAGGAAUUCGUAGGAGACCGUGGGGUAAAUUUGCAGCAGAAAUUCGUGAUCCAACACGAAAAGGGUCACGAAUAUGGCUUGGAACAUUUGACACAGCAGAAAAAGCUGGACGUGCAUAUGAUGCUGCUGCUUUUCAUUUUCGUGGUAACAGAGCCAUUCUCAAUUUCCCAAAUGAUUUUGCCCAUUCUACUACUAAAAUUGCCUCAAAUUCAUUACCUUCUUCUUCUUCUUCCAUUUCACAUCAACAACAACAAGAUGAUAAUGAUGAUACUUUUGAUGAUUUGGCUUGCUUGGACAACAAGUUUUUGGAAGAACUCCUACAGGUGCAAGAUGAGGCUGCAGGUAGUUCUAGAAGUACGAAUAGCAAGAAUUAGCUAUAGCUAGCUACUUAUUACAUGAGGGUAUAGCUUUAUGAGUAUGAAACAUAUGUGGUUUCUCGCUUCCAAUAUCACUAAUAAUUUUGAUUUUUUGAGUUUUCAUGGUA